AUGGACUUAGCAAAAAUAUUAGAUACAGCUCCGGAGCCAGCGAUAGUGGAUGCGCAGACCAUGGGCGUUUCAGGGGAUGUCUCCGGAGACUACUGGUUACCAGCGCCAAUGUGCUUAUAUCAAAAAGAGCUGAGCGAGCAGAUAGUAUCGCUGCAUUAUUCCGAUAUCUUGAAGUACUAUGAGACGGAAGACUACAACACUGAUGUUGUCUUACACUCGAUGCAGACAAUGUGCCUCAAUAGCGAAUACGUUGCAACCCACCCAUAUUUGCUAAUCGACCAUUGCGUACCGAAGUCGCUGAUUACCAAAGACAUUCCUAAUCAUCUGGCUGAGACAAGCGGCAAGUUUGCUGUUCUUAAAGACUUGAUAACCUUAAUCCAAGACUACGAGACUGAAACAGCCAUUGUGUGUCGAUCCGGCCGGACGAUGGACCUCCUGGAAGCACUAUUGCUGGGCAACAGGGUUAAUAUCAAAAGAUACAGGAGUCCCUCAAUCAAAACAAAGCAAAAGGCCAGAAAGCAUUCAUGCACAUGCCACUUGUUUCCUUCCGAUGGCUUCGAUGAAACAUCUGGGUUGCCAGUCGACCCAAAGAUAUACUUUGAUCUUCUUCUUUGUCUUGAUCCAACAGUCGAUACCUCUAUGCCCCAUAUUCAGCAGAUUCUUACUCAGGCGAGGCCUUCAAGCGGACCAGGGAAGCAAGCACCAAUAGUGAGACUAACGACUAUUAACGCUAUUGAUCAUUGUGAGCUCUACCACAGUAAACUUCUCGAUCCAAAAAGCCGUGAAUAUCUCGUCAGGGUUAGCGCUGCUGUUGUUGUACUUCGAGACGUUGUCGGAACUCUCCCUCCAGAUUUACGUCCUAUUUACUCCCAAGGUUUAAAGUACCUUGUAGAGUGGCUGGAAGACCCAAGUAUUCCGUGGCCGCUACCCGACAUAUACCCCAUCAAAACUUUCACUCCCAUGGACGUGGAAAAAUCACUAUUAACUGAAGUUCGUUUCAACCAAGCUAACGAAAACCUUGCUCAUGUAUUCAACAACGGAAAAAAGCGCGGCCGCAAGCCUAAUUCAGCGUAUUCAAAGGAAGGCGAGCCCAUAUCUUACUAUCAAUCUAAAAGAUUAAAGAACGACUACUCAACAAACCCGCUCAAGCAGAACAUGGCACAGUUGACUGGGAUCGCCACGAUUAAUGAUGGAGGGUCUGUCAAUUAUCACCUUUCUGGGGGCCUUCUCACACACAAGCUAAUUCAAUCAAUAGGCGAGGCUUACUACAAUCUUGACAGACAAUCUGCUGAACUGCAGAAUUUUGAAACAAAAGAGCAAAAUCAAGUUCAUCGACUAGAGCUUGUAAUGAAAGAGCAUGAAGACAUAAAAAACCAGCUAGAGCCCGCUAUCAAAGCACAAGAUUAUAAUCGAGAAGAAUCCACGAGACUAUUGGCAGUCGUAGAAGAAGAACACAAGAAAGUUGCAAGCUCUAUGGAAGAACUAGAUACUUACACGGAGACGCUACGAGAAAAGAGUCCCGACUUCUCGAAGUUAAUUGACUGUCUAUUGGAGAUUGCCAAAGUCCAGGAGGAAAUUGAAAAACAACAAAAGCUAAAGGUUUCGAGAAACAAUGAGCACACAUACAUGACUGAAGAACUGCGACGGGCUAAUGAGGCUCUGGCUGGAUUUCAAGCGGAGAAAGCUCCCAUAGCAGAGGAAACGCAGCAACUAGAACAAAAAAUUGAGGAGAAGCUGGCUGAGGACAGAAUCCAGUCUCAAAAAUCUCAAGAGAGAAUCCAGAAGCUGAUGGCACAAAUAAACGACGAAAAAGCCAUAUUGGAGACACUGGAUAAGCAAGUGGCCUCUAUGACGGAACAGCUGAAGAAAACGCCACCGUCGAAAGUUCGCUCUUCUAACAAUGCGCAGAGAGGUAAGCACAGAAAGCACUCGGGCAACUCUUAG